AUGGAUGGAUGCGUACCCGUGCUGCUGGCGCUGUGGGCCUACGCCACGCUGUCCGAAGAAGCUGUGCCCCUGACCGAAGGCGAAGCCGAAGCCAAGAAGAAAGCGGACAGCGUCGAGGCGUUGACCACCAUCAAGUGCCUGUCUCGGAGGCCAGCCUCCGCCCUCGAGGAGGAGCAGAUAGGCGACAGUCAAGAGGGUGUCAAGUCGCGUGACAAGGCUGGCGGAGAAGACGACGCUGGUGAAGCCAGUCAGCAGGGCAGCAACAACGUCAUGGAGGAGCUAUCUCGGAGGUGGUCCCCGACAAGGCACGUGCCGGUGCCGAGCUACUCCGUGGUGGCCCGCGAAGGCGACGAGCUGCAGCUGUCGUGCGGCUCAGCGGGCGCCGACAGUUGGCUCGAGCCCGACGGCACAAGCUCGAGCCGAACAACGACGGAAGCGGUGGCAGAACCCCGGAGGAAACCGACGACGUUUCGGCCGGUCGGGCCAGACCUCCGGGGCCGGCUGCUGCGCUUCGGCCGCGUGCGGAGGCAGCACUCGCGUCGAUAUACCUGCCGCUUCAAGUCGGCGCGCGGUUACCACAUACUCGUUGACGUCCAGCUCGUCGUUCAGUAUGCCCCAUCUGUGGAACCUCUGGAAGUGCUGCGGGACAAGAAAGACUCCCGGUUGGUCUGCGUUGCGGGGGCGGAGCCUUCACCGGAAAUCGCGUGGCUCCGAGACGACCAGCCACUUUCCCAGGACAUCUCACCCUCGCUUAGGACUGAAAAUGCUUCUCAAGGCUGCCUGCGAAUAUCCAAGUUGCACCUUAGAGAAGUCCAGGAUGAAGCUGAGGUCCCCCACAACUACACCUGCGUAGCAAGCAACACUCUAGGCACGUCCAGCCGCUCGCUCCUACUCCGAAAUGGUGACAGCUCAGCGUCUCCCAACGCCAGCGUGGUCCGUGACCGGGACCCAUUGGACGGGGUUCCCGUGAAGCGAUUCAAGAUUACCGGCUUCGUGAUUGGCAUGUUGCCGCCAUUGUUCAUCUCCUUCUACAUAAUCCUCAAACUUGGGUACCGAUCUCGGUACGCCGAGGAACGGGCCGAGGAGGCCGGCAUGAUGGAGGAACCCUUCUUUAUCAGCUACUAGCACACCGUCCUACCCAAACGACAACAGGACACUUGGGCUUAGCUGCAGUCGUCCCAGAUGGACCGGUGCUGUCUCAGGAACUAUCUUUCCUCUCUCUGUUAUCUGGCGGAAUGAGCAUUAGGUACUUUUCGUGAUCGGGUCCUACCCUCCUCUCGCGGGAUCCCGAGGACGAAUCAGUCGAAUGCAGCGCGCAGCAACACUGACGAUCAAGAAAUACUUUUCAUUGGAUGGUCCUGCGACAGCUUGUAGAUAAGUAAUAAUAUUGUGGUGAUAUAAUUAACAAGUAAUAUAUUCAAUAGUGCCCGACACGUUUGGCCUUUGUACAUAAAAGCAUUGCUGAAUAUAUGCUUAGAAUGUAUCGCGCAUAUAAAAUAACGGAAACCAAUAGAAAAUGGCAAUGAAGGAACGCUAGCUUUGAAACGUCAAUUUGCACCCACUGAAUACUCUGUGCGCUGCGCCUCUGUCCCAAAAUAUCAGAGCAAAGCAAAACAACAGCGGGUUCUUGACUUUCUUUUUCUCGCGGAUUGAUCGGCUGUUUCGUCGCGUAAGCGCGAGCAGAAAUUGAUCAUAUUGAGUUACACACACUCAACAGAUCCCCGAGGUGUGUACGAAUUACACGCACUCAAAAAAAUCUCCUAGGUGUGCUACGUAUGCAGCAUUGUCUAUUGGCACGUAUCUUGUCGCACAUUAUUCGCACAUUAUUGGCUAAUGAUGUUCUAUUCGAAUGUGUGCAAAACAAAUGAUUCGCUCCUACAGUUACCGCUGUCGUGAGCUUUUCAUUUCUCACCUAAACAUGUCGCAGUCUCCCCACUUUCAUUGCCCUACGUAACCCUUUUCUGUGAAGUUUGUAAAAUUGCCAUGCUCUACCCUCUGACAUAGCAUGUUAAGAGCAUCUAGCUUCUACCACUCAAGCACUGGCUGCAACUUCAGCGCAAGCAGCAGUGCGCACAGCUAUUCAUAAUUAUCCAACAAAGUUCUGCAGAAAUGCGCAAGGUGUAGUUGGGCUCAUGAAAGGGGAAGGCAGCAGUUGUAGAGGGCGAAUCAGAAAUUCUCUGCCCCAAUUUUAAUUAGCCAAAAUAAGGUACAUACAGGUAAUUACAAAUAUUCGUACUAUUCUACGUACCUUACACUAUCUUUUCCGCAUAAUCGCCACACCGGUUGAGACAUUUGUCCCAUCGCAGCAAUAAAUUUGCCAAGUCCCUGUGGUGGAAUUCGUCCGGCUGACUGUGGAACCACCGUCGGACUGCAUUCCUGGCUUCACGGCCAUCUAAUGAACUCACAACGCCACCACCUCAUACUUCUCAAAGCUAGACACCUUUCCCCAUACUUAGGCUGCAUUCCCCUGUGGAUUUUGAUGGGCGUUCUUCCCCUUGCACCAUAGAAAACGAAUCGCACUUCGUUGCUCGUACGCCGUGAACGUGUGAAGCACAACCGCCAUCUUCUACAAGUGACAGCAGGGCCAUGCCGCGGAGCUACCGGUAGAUAAGGCCGGGCCGGUCUGAGAAAGGUCCACCGCUGGGAAUGGAUAUGUUGACUUCUCCUUUACAACCAUAAUUUGGCUAAAGAAGUUGGGGCAAAUACUUUCUAAUUCGCCCGCGUAUUAAAAUUCCAAGAUGCUGCAAAAACCACUCAUGCGGGUUUAUUCAGAGUUUCGCAAGUGAACAAAAAUUAUUUCCUGUCUGGGGGACAAACCCAGCACUACAACCUUGUAGGACUAUUCUACACUGUAGCCUCGUAGCUGCUUAGCUGCGAAACUUUCUAUCUGCGUAGCUUGGUGCAUUGUAGUUUUCAGCGCUGUACUACACUCAGGUCUAUGCUAUUUUUCCCUUUCGUAUUUUUCUUAAUCCGGUGAGCAUGCCGGCAUGAAGCGUAUGGUGGACCUACGACGCGUAGAUUGGGCUCAUCUCCGUCUCUUAGGUUUUGCUGAUUAUCGAGAAGAAGCGAUAUCGUUUGCGCACGUCGUGCGAAGCCCUCCUACGGGCAAACGAGGAACGGUACCUUCUCUUCGGUGAGCAUGACGUAACACUCACUGAAUGUGCAGUGGUAAAGUUCUUUGAGUCUUGCGUGACGUCAAUUAAAUUAUCGUACAAGGGCAGCGUAGUAGUGCAUCUGCACGACUCCUUAAGGACUGAUCAGUGAUAAUGCGCGCGCAUUCAUGAGGCACAGCUGUUGAAGGUCUGUUCCUUCCCUGCUGUUCAUAAUCAACUCCGAACAAAGCCUAGAAACAACAGCGGUCACGAAUCCUUUGCUUCAACGAGCCUUGUUUCGAGGAUAAGCGUAGAAAGAUUCGAACAUCGCGAUUCACUUCUUGUUGAGUUGACGUGUUCUUGUGGCAGUUGAGGAACAGGGCGAGACUGGCGAAAUGACGCACGCACUUAAGUUUUGGCUUUCAUGCCUGCCUGUAGUUAGAGAGAACUCUAUGAGAUCUGUCACAACAUAGCACAAAGUGCGCGUUACGUGUGAAUUUCAGCCAGCGGCAGAGUCAGUUGUAAGAGGAACGCAGUGAUUCAUGAUAGUGGUUCAUAAUGAUGCUUCUCCCGCGUGUGCUCGCAAACAUACUGAUGAGUUGUGGGCGCCAGUCAUUCCCUUUGUUUAACUUCCCAAAUUCUGGGAACUACUAGUGUGCCGAAGUUUUCUCGUUUCUCAACAAUUUAAUUUUAUACUGUUGGGUAAAAUAGGUAGCUUUAGGAGCCAUUUUUUGAUGUGACAGAGGUGUUGGCUAAUCAUUGCAAGACAUGCCCAAAUGACGUUCAUUUUACUCUGCAUAGCGUUAACUUCUAUUGCCCAUCUCGACAGGUUGAUUGCGGUCUUUAAAAGAAGGAAAGAUAGACGUAUUUAAUAACCUUUUGUUAAGGACAUCAGAGAAUUACACCUGACUACAGGAAAUAAUUUCAGGAGCUAUCGAUUUCUCUGUUACCAGACCUCCAGGAUGAAGUUUUUGUUCUGCAAACGCGAUCCCUUGACAACCAGUUUGCGUCGACUUUAUUGCCUUUCCUCGAUAACCAGUUUGAGAGAGCAUGUCCGAAAUCAACGCUGAGAUUCCCUGCUUCGCAAUGGCAAACUUCGUGCCACCGCUUGCAACUUAAGACAAAGGCGAAAGCUUACGACAGAUCAGUCGGAAAGAUUGAGCAUUUAAACUGUACGCCAGCACUGCGCCACCGAGUCCUCGCUAAACUUUUUGAUUAUAGAAAGGAGGGUUAUGCCUCUGUGAGAGGAACGUGAAUUUGCGAAGAAUGCCUGCAUCUACCACAGCAACGCGUGCUAAGAGGAAAGAGGGUAAGGUAGACUUGUAUAUAUCCCAUCACAACUCUGUAUAUGCAAUACCAUCCUCACUACUUCACAACUACGGGGACCACCCACAAUACACUCAGGAACAAUUUUAGGAGGGACCUUUCAGCCUAUGUAUACAUUUGCCUUACCAAGAGUGUAAGAGUAUCGAGAGUGCUGCAUUAACGAGGACUGACUCCUUUUUCAUUAUAAGUUUGUCAUCUUGCCCUGAAUUCCUGUUUAAGGCCUGUAUAUAGCUAAUUGUGCCGGGUCUACGUAGGAAGAAUGUAUGCGCAGAGUUUCGUUUAAAUAUGUAGGACGUUGCUAAUCGUUUAUAGUGAGAUACAGAAAGUGUGCUGACUGGCAAGCGUGUAUACCGGUCAGCUUGAGCUGGUUCAAACAAUGGUGCUUUGGCUGUACUUCGCAGGGGAUAUGAAUGAGUAUUGUACUAUCGUAGUGUAGCGCAUAGCUUAGAGUAGUAAAGCCUUGCACACUCGACUUUUCCGACGCCGCUCGCGACCUGCGCAAUAUGUCUAACUACUAUACUGAAGAUACUAACAUAAAGUCAGUCUCCUGUGUAGUGCCAUAGUUAACCUCGUGGUUGCUUAUAGAUUUUGAAGUGCCCUCUUACGCUGCGACAGUAUUUUUCUAGGAAGCCACAACCUCUUCUCUCCAUCCUGCGUAUUAACGGCGUAUGUUUUACCGUUAAAAAGUACGUUGUGUCCAGAGCUUUCAGAUGUGAUAAAAAGCUUUCUUCGCAUUGCAUGCGUCCUGGUAGUUUGUAGCCAUCGGCAUUAAAACUCUUUUUAACCAAGUGCGCAAUACUUUCAGACAAGCCAAACCGUUUAUUUUGUAACUCCGCUCUUUAUAACGUCUUCAUAGGCUCAUUCAUAAGCACGUUUCAAGCGUCCUAGAUCUAGUAAAUAGAACCUUUCGCAAGCCCGUUAUAGUGGCGUGCAUAUUACAUAUUAACGUUCGCCUGAACAAGCUAUAAUUUCCCUCGCGAACAAUGUUUAGGUUCGAAGCAGCAGUUUCUAGAGAUAUAGUGUUUUCUUGCGUGUAAGGUUCGCUGUGUGGCAUUCUCUUUUUCUUUUCGCCUUUUGCCCAUGUUGCCUUUUUAGACCUCUAGCACAGCACUUACGCAGCAUUUCGUCGAACUACAACGCAAUGAGGUGAGAAGAUCACCGCUGAAGAGCCCAUACGACGUUGUAGAAUGUAGGUAAAUGCCGCUCUGUUUGUGGUGUACCAAUCUCAAAGGGAACAGCUGGCGUUAGACAGGAUUUAGGCUAAUCUUAGUUAGGGACGUGAACAGGAAUAUGCCCUGAAUAGUGUACUGUCUACUGUGCAACGCACGACAACUAUGUUUGGUACUAUUCAGAAUCGCCUACAUGCGAGUCCUUUAUGAUAGUUAUGUUACAACUAU